UUCCUGCCGCGCCCCAGCUUCGGGCUUAGCGGUGGCUAUGGCUGGGGUAACCGGCCGACUGGUCCGGGGCUGGUGUCCGAGAGCGGUCAGGAGGCUCAGUCUCCUGCUCACUUCCAUCUUGCAGUGCCUUUCAUUCACUUUCUUGCCUGUGGCAAAAUUUACACAGCCAUUCAGUUCCCUGCAGGUCCCAGCACAGCUGCACAUGAGCAAGACAGCAAUGGGAGCCAGUCAGAAGGAUUUUGAGAGUGCAAUGAAUCAGGUGAAACUGCUGGAGAAGGACCCAGGAAAUGAAGUGAAGCUCAAACUCUAUGCGCUCUAUAAGCAGGCCACUGAAGGACCUUGUAGUACACCUAAACCAGGUGUGUUUGACUUGAUCAAUAAGGCCAAAUGGGAUGCAUGGAAUGCUCUUGGCAAUCUGCCCAAGGAAACUGCUAGGCAGAACUAUGUGGAUUUGGUGUCUGGUUUGAGUUCUUCGUCUGACUCCUCUAGCCAAGUGAAGCCUGAAGCAGACAGGGAACAAGCUGGUUACGAAACCCUGGUGAUGACUUCUGAAGACGGCAUCACAAAGAUCAUGUUGAACCGGCCCACCAAAAUGAAUGCAUUGACCACACAGAUGUAUCAGGAAAUCAUGCUUGCACUUGAAGCUGCAAGCAAGGAUGACUCUACCAUAACUGUUUUAACAGGAAAUGGUAGUUAUUUCUCCAGUGGAAAUGAUCUGACUAAUUUCACUCAUAUUUCCCCUGAUGAAAUAGAGGAGAAAGCUAGAAGGGGUGCCAUUUUACUGAGGGAUUUUGUGGGCUGUUUCAUAGAUUUUCCUAAGCCUCUGGUCGCAGCGGUCAAUGGUCCAGCUGUGGGAAUCUCUGUCACCAUUCUUAGGCUAUUUGAUCUUGUGUAUGCAUCUGACAGGGCAACAUUUCACACUCCUUUUAGUCACCUUGGCCAAACUCCAGAAGGGUGUUCCUCUUAUACUUUUCCGAAGUUAAUGGGCCCAGGCAAGGCAGCAGAAAUGCUCAUUUUUGGGAAGAAGUUAACUGCUGCAGAAGCCUGUGCUCAAGGACUUGUUACAGAAGUUUUUCCUGAUAGCACCUUUCAGAAAGAAGUUUGGACCAGGCUGAAAGCAUAUUCAAAGCUCCCCCGAAAUGCAUUUCAUUGCUACGAUACGGAUAAAGGCAGAGGGAUAGUUCUUUCUGGGGAUAACUUUAAGGAAGAGGAUGGGCCGUAUUUGCCAAGCACUGUUAUUCCUGAAUCCAGGCCUUGCGUAUUUCAAAACAGAUGAUCAGAAAUCACGAGAAAGAAAAGCUGCAUGCUACUAACGCUGAAGAAAGCAGAAUCCUCCAGGAAAGGUGGCUGUCAGACGAAUGCAUGAAUGCGAUCAUGAACUUCUUAUCCCGAAAAGCCAAAAUGUGAUGCCUGUUACAGCAGAGUUACACAUUUCAAAGGAAGGGAUUGUGCUGUCAUUUCUGAUUUUCAAUACUGGAACUAAAUAAACUGUGCCUUUUCUCAGUGCUAACAUAUCAUUUAUGAUUAUCAUAUUUCACUAGAGCCCUGAUGACAAACAAAUUAUGUACCACAAGCUUUAAGAGUUUACAUAGGAUUUGGAUCAUAGGGAGUCUUACGUCUUUCGACAUGAAUCUCUGUUGCCAGGAGCACUGAAACAUUGUGCCUGGGGUCCUGCUUUGAAAAGCGUUUACAGCAUUACAAGCUGAAGUCAUGUCUUUGAACACCACGAUAGCACUCUGCCGUCCACAGAGGGUGACUGACUUAAUUGGCCCAAACACAGACAGCCUCUGGAUCACUGACUGAAGGUCUUCGGUGAGUUGCAUGUUCUUUUUCAACCACCUAGCAAGGGAGCAAAUGGAGCAGUAGUAUUAGAAAAUAAACACACACACACAAAAGAAACAACGAUCUUAGUUCCGUUUUUUCCCCAUAAUUUAAUAAAAACGUCAUGAAGGGAAAAUUAGGUUAUUUCACUGGAAAUAAAAGCAGUGUCUGAAUCAGUUAUUAUAUACUUAUUUAUUACAUAGUCUUCAUUCUUGUUUAACCUGCAAACUGCCGGAACUGUCCUUGCAACUUUCUGUUUUGAUUAGUGCCAUAUCUGUUGACAAGGAUGGGAGUAUGAUUCCAGUGGCCACCAAACUGGCAUGGACUAUUUUGCUCUUCUAAAUCCCUCAUUUCUCCAUAGAACCAUCAAAUAAACUAAAGAAACAUCUACACCAAACAAGCAAAUGUCCAAUGAAGAAAAAUCACAUUGAAAAUUAUAGGAAAUUGUGUGGAGUUCUUACUUGCCCUCGGCAGCCCCCCCCCACCUACACGGCAUGCUGUGGUUGGAAGAAAUUCGCCUAAUCCCCAACUCCCUCCCUUGGGAUGGAAGGAGCAGAGUGGAACUUGUUUGCAACCUUCUGGUCUAUAUGUAGGCUCCCUGAGGGACUGGUUGCUAUCUUGCCUGACUCACAGUUCAAGAGGGAAAUGCUGGCCUAGUUUGAUUGUGAGAUAAGAAACCAUGAGAGGGAGUGGCACACAAUGAAACACGUGAAAGGUACAAGCUGACUGCAGACCCUCGGAUACUAGGAAGGAGAUCACAAAACAGGAAUCAUAGAGCACUUAAGUCCCUGAGAAGAAGCUGGAGCCUCUUCAGGAAAUGAAGUCAUUUAAAAGCAGCCGAGGGAAAAUUGAAAAGAAAAAAAAAAAGAAA